AUGACAGAACCAAUACUAGAGGUCGCCGAGACCAUCCAGACUGCGUCGAUAGUGGAGAAUCCAUCUGCGGCCCAUGAUGUGAACCCUUCUACCGCAGCUUCGGAGAAGAAGCCAGUUGUUGCAGCUCCAGACUCUGAUGCUGGUAGUUUGGCAUCGGACAUUGUUGACCCUAGUCGGGUGAUUCGACCUCUCCGUCGCCGCCCAACGUUACCUCCUCUACCAGACUUGCGAUUCGAACAAAGCUAUCUCGCAAGUAUCAAAGACGCCGACACAUGGGGACGAGUAACAUGGAUCACUGUUAGGGAUCAGGUGCUUCUUCCUCUAAUUCAGGGCACUCUCUGGACCCUGGCGCUAUCUGGCUGGCGAUUCUGGAAUCGCAAUGCCUCCUUAAGUGGACAUACACUUGGUAGUAGAAUCCGCCGAUGGUGGUACGAAGUCAACAAUUGGAAAGUGCCUCCAGUCGGCUGGACAAAGGAUCCGAAGCUGGCCUCGCAAGCUGAGAAUGAGUUUUUACAGUUUUAUGAUGCCGAGUUCUCCACUGCUGGGUCUGCUUGA